UCCCGGCGCGCUGCGGCUCGGAGCGGAAAAAGGACUUGACGCGGACCACGAGGAGGAAUUUUGAUUGGCUGAUUCAUCUUCAUUUUGGUUUGCGCUGAAGGACGCACAGCCGCCAAGUUUAUCGCAACUUUUGGACGUGCGUCACUGGAAGUUUUCGUUAGACCUUAAGGCAUAACGAAAACGCUUUGGAGUUCUUUUAAGAGCAUGAAAAGUUUACAGAAGCGGGAUUAUAUUUCUGGUUUCCCGGACAGAAGAAGUUCGGCAGAGGAUUUCAAGCUCUUUGUGACUCAGCAGGUGACCGACGCGGUGUGACGCUUUCUCGGCGUUUACUCCACUUUUACUGAACGCGAUGUGAGAUGGUCCCGACUUGUCACAGAGGCUGGGAUGACAUAACUUGAAGAGAAAAAGGUUCCCCCUUUAAAAGCAGCGUUAAGCCACGAUGAGAGCGGUAGGUUUCCUCUGCCUAACAGCCCUGCUGUGGGAGGCGAGCCAGAGCAGCAGAAACUGUCCGGACCUGAUCGUUGACAGCUGUCACUGCUCGGCUGAGAGGUCCAAGGAGCUGAGCAGGCAUCACGUCCGAGUCAAAGUGCUGUGUGAUGAUGUGGACCUGAUGGACACCCUGCCGCCCAGCUUCCUCCCAAACAGAACGGUUUCCCUAAACCUGAGUAACAACAAGAUCUCGCUGCUGAGAAACGGCUCCUUCUAUGGCUUGGCCGCCCUGGAAAAGCUGUACCUGAAGAAUAAUCUGAUAAGUACAGUGGAGCCUGGGGCUUUCCGUGGUCUUUUGGCCUUGAGGAAACUGGAUCUGUCCGACAACAGAAUUGGCUGCCUCUCACCUGAGAUGUUUCUUGAUCUGGGCAGACUCUUAAAAUUAAAUUUAUCUGGAAACAUUUUCUCCACACUCCCGACGGGACUGUUCACACACCUCCUGGAUCUAAGAGUACUGAACUUUGGCACGGAGACCUUGUUUUGUGACUGCCAGCUGAAGUGGUUGCUCGUUUGGGCUCAGCAGAACUCGGUGAGGGUUGGUAAUGACACGGUCUGUGUUUUCCCAACCCACCUCCAUGGCCUGGAGCUGCGCAGCCUGCGAGAACAGCAGCUCAAAUGUGAUGGUCCUUUGGAGAUGCCUCUUUUCCAGCUCAUCCCUUCCCAGAGGCAACUUGUUUUCCGUGGUGACCAGCUUCCUCUCCAGUGCACUGCGUCUUACCUCGACCAGUCGGUGGAGCUAUGGUGGCGUCACAACGGCCACGGCGUGAUCACACAGGAGGACAUGGGCAUCUAUGUGGAGAAGACUCUACUUCAUGACUGCUGCUUGCUUACCAGUGAGGUUAUCCUUUCCAACAUCGAUGUGGCUCUCGCCGGCAACUGGGAGUGUUUGGUGACCAGUUCCAGAGGAAACACAUCUCAGCACAUGGAAAUAGUUGUGGUGGAGACUUCUGCCCCGUACUGCCCUACAGACAGAGUCUCCAACAACAAGGGGGAUUUCAGAUGGCCGAAGACUCUGGCCGGGAUUCUGGCUUUCCUGCCGUGCGCUCCUGCAACCUUUGGAUCUGCCCCCAGUCUGGCUGGCAGCGCUUCCCACCGCUCCGGCCAACGGGAGAAGAAAGCAUGGCGACGAUGCGAUCGGGGUGGGCGGUGGGCUGAAGAGGACUACACUCAGUGCCCGUAUGCCAGUGAACUGACCCGCAUACUGCAUCAGCUCACUCAGAUACCAAUUAAUAUCAGCAAUUCCCAGCCUCUGGGUCAGCAGUUAGUGGCUUUUACCAGCAGGGCUGCUGACUUUACAGAUGUUAUGGACGUCAUCUUUGUCACUCACCUUGUGGAAAGACUAACAAGACUGCUGGAGAAAAAAAAAGAUCUGGGAGACUACAUCUCAGGCGUUGCCAGUAACAUGAUGCUGGUGGAGGAGCAUAUCCUGUGGAUGGCGCAGAACGAGGCCAGAGCGUGCACGCGGAUCGUCCAGUGUGUGGAGCGUAUUGCCGACUUGGCGCUGACAGAAGACAAUCGAGUCAUUUCUAAGGUAUCUGCUAACAUAGCUCUGGAGGCUUUUCUGAUCAAGCCGUCAAACUUUCUUGGUUUAUCCUGCACGGCGCUCGAGCAGACCCCCACGUCCACCAGCCUGCCCGUCCCACACAGCCACUCCUACCGCAACAAGGACAAACACGGAGAGCAGGAGGCCGCAGGAGAGUCGUUGCUCAGUUUCAAAUGCCACACUGUCAACAACAGUGGCUCGCCAGCCAGUCAACUCAGCAAGAACUCCGUGGCUGUCGCCUCGAUCCAUUUACCGCUGGCUGGUCCGCCUGCCUCCUCCUCUGCGUUGCAAUCUGUUGAUAACUCCACUUGCAGGCUGCAGUUCGUUCUGUUUCGCAAUGGGAAACUCUUUCCCUGCACGGGGAAUUCGUCAAACCUCGCAGACGAUGGGAAGCGCAGGAGCGUCUCGACACCAGUUGCUUUUGCCAAAUUAGAUGGCUGCAGCCGCGGCAGCUCUGUGCACUCCGUCGCCGUCGCUCUCAGGCACUUCGCGCUGGGUGUAGACCCCACCGCAGCCUACUGGGAUUUUGACCUGCUCGAUGGACACGGUGGCUGGAGGGCAGAGGGCUGCCACAUAACCGCCUCCGGGGGCAAUACGACCACUAUUCACUGCAGCCAUCACAAGAACUUUGCCGUGCUAAUGGAUUUGAAGAAGGUGCUUUCUUUCCCCCCCUACCCUGGGGAGUUUUUGCACCCGGUCGUGUAUGCCUGCACGGCGGUCAUGUUGCUCUGCCUCUUCGCCUCCAUCAUCACGUACAUAGUGCACCACAGCGCUAUCCGCAUCAGCAGGAAGGGAUGGCACAUGCUUCUCAACUUCUGUUUCCAUACGGCGCUGACCUUCGCCGUGUUUGCCGGUGGCAUCAAUCGAAUCAAAUACCCCAUCAUCUGUCAAGCAGUCGGGUUCGUGCUGCACUACUCGUCUCUGUCGACAAUGCUGUGGCUCGGGGUGACAGCCAGGAACAUUUAUAAGCAGGUGACCAAGAAGUCUCCACAGAGUCAAGACGGUGACCCACCUCCACCCCCUAAACAGCCCCUGCUGAGAUUUUAUUUAGUCAGUGGUGGAGUGCCUCUCAUCAUCUGUGGCGUCACAGCAGCUGUUAAUAUAGACAACUAUGGAAGCGGGGAGCAAGCACCAUACUGCUGGAUGGCAUGGGAGCCCAGCCUGGGAGCUUUCUUUGGCCCCGUGGCCUUCAUUGUGCUGGUGACAUGCGUCUACUUCCUAUGCACCUUCCUUCAGCUCCGGCGACAUCCCGAGAAGAAGUACGAGCUCAAGCAACUGACAGAGGAGCAUCAGAGGCUGGCCGCCGCUGACGUGCCGACUCACUGUCAUCAGGGAGCCGAGCCCGGAGCGCUGGCGGCCCCGUCUGGUGGGAGCAACUGCCCCGCUGGCUGCCCCGGCAUCCCCAUCAACCCUGCACUGCUGGCCAAUGAGCACUCCUUCAAAGCUCAGCUACGAACUGCGGCCUUCACCCUAUUCCUCUUCCUAGCCACAUGGACCUUUGGUGCAUUGGCUGUGUCACAGGGACACUUCCUAGACAUGAUCUUCAGCUGCCUUUACGGUGCCUUCUCAGUCACCCUUGGCCUCUUCAUCCUCAUCCAUCACUGUGCCAAGCGUGAUGACGUCUGGCACUGCUGGUGUUCUUGCUGUCCCGGAAGACGUGCCAACGCCUGCUCUGGUGCGCAGGGGUCUGCUCAGGCGCGGCCCAAAGUGAACGUGAACGGAGACACCCCAGGGCACGGUCACAGCCACUGCCACCACGACUCGCCGUGUCAGGCUAAAGCGCUGCUGAGCUGCAGUCACAGCGGGGUGGGUCACUGUAAACACGCCGCUCUUCCGUCCUCGCAAAAUCAUAUUACAUGUCUGGCGCCAGUGACUCCAUGCUGUGCCGCCCUGCAUAGCCAGCAGCUGAUGGAGGAGGAGCCCACGGCUACUCACGUGCUGCUGCACUCUGAACCAGGGAUCCAGCUGCACCCCUGCCUCAAAAGCAGCACCAGGACUAAAAGUCGUCAGUUUGGACGCAAAGCCGGGGCGUCUGCCUGCGCAGCGGGGAGCGACAGGGAGUACGCCUAUCAUAUCCCCUCUAGUGCCGACGGAGGCAGCAUGCACAGCUCACACACUGACAGCCCCCACAGCACACGUGAGCGGCACGCCCACAUCUGUCCGCACCUGGCCCACGAAGGCCACCACGACGGGCAUCACACAUGCCAUGCUACUGCAGCCACCCUGCAUGAGUCUCUGGCGUGCCAUAACCCGUGCCACAGGCAUAUCUGCUGUUCCAAGGCAGACCUUUUCCCUUCUCUGUGUCCGGCAGAAUCGGGAGACACAGGCGUCUUCCUGUGUGGCUGCAGCAAAGUAGCUGAGGAGGAACCCGUGGUAACACAUCACCAUCUGGAGAUGCAUGCUCCGCGCAGACAAUCAUGCCCCCAGAAUCCGCCCAGUCAGAAUGGGAUUUUAAAGGGAGGCAUGCAUGAAGGACUUCUAUACACCUCAGACAGCACAGGGAAUAUACGCACCGGCCCCUGGAAGAAUGAAACUACUGUGUAGUGCAGGAACAUAAUACAUUUCAGGUGGCAGUCCCGCCUCAUCCUGCCAAAAUGAAUUUCGCCUCCCUUUCUAGAUGAAGAAAAAAGUGAAAUAACAUUUUAAACAUCACAAUCAACGUGAGGAUUUUUUUAUUUCAAUAUCCACAUGUUUAUAUGUGUGCUGUUUUCUUGUACAGAAAUCUUAUGUCAUGCAAACGCCUUCAGAGGUACAUUCAUAGACCGAGGAGAAUCACUUUCAACACUAACAGUUUGUGAAAUGUGUCUCACAUUAUACCAUCAGAUUUACCUGAAGGUAUUCUCACUGUUCCAUAUUACUGCAGAUCUAUCUCUCUAUAUAUAUUCAAAAAAAAUGAAUGGUUGUAUGUGUGACUAUGUGUGUUAGUGCUCAAAGGCAACAAGCUGCAAGAUGUUUUUACCCUGAAUCUGAAACUACCAAUAGUCUACUUUGACGGUGAAUCUCCAGUACGUUGGCAUUCAUGUUCUAGACGACUAAACCAGCAAUUUUAGACUUCAUAUGGGUAUUUUUGCCAUCACAACUGUGAAUACCUACUAGAGAUUUUCUAAAUAAUAAACAAAGAUACCUUUGCUUGGCAGAGAUGUGUGGGUGCCAGUUUAGUUGUAGAUAAAUCACAGCAGAAAAAGCGAAGUAAAAACUAUGCGUGCUCCUAUCCAGGUUUCUAUUGAUCGUGAUGUCCAUAUGAUGUCUUCACCUUAGUGUUUCCCUCUGCCUGAAAAGAAAUAAAAUCGACGGCACAUCAGGAGGAAUGGCGAUGUCACUGUGGAUGGUGAGCUGAUGUCAGUGAGUUAUUGGAUUCAGUCCUUUUACUCAAAGUCAGGUCAUGGCAGUGUUUUAUCAGUCAGAUUUUUAUUCGUUUCAUCUCAGUUUGCACAUUUUCCUCCUGCCGAUAUGUAAGCUGCUUGUAAAAACAGACAUUAACAGCUACAAAGUGUUUGAAUGUAAUCAUUGGAAUCAAAUAACAAGCUGCUAAAGGGCCCACUUUGGGAAGCCUGCACAGGAGUGAUCCUUAUUUUUCUUUCAUACAAAAAUGUGAUAAAUGACUCUCACCCUCACCCCACAAUAGGGCAAAGCAAAAUAACAAGAACUGUCUAAAGUACGAAAUAAAACUCCUUUUUUUAUUUUUUUUUUCGUAUGUGUUGAACAAUAGCUCCACAUUGUGCAAAUGCCGAUAAUUACUUUAAUCCCGUGCAACUAUUGCUGCUGGUCUUAAGUCUUUUUUUGUCACAAAUGUCUGCUUUACAUUCCACAGGUAAUCUGUAUUUAGCCAGACUUUAAACAUCUGCAGCUCUGGUCAGAAAUUUAUACGCGUUUAUCACUGGCAGAAAUAUACUGUUAGUAGUUUUUGUAGUUUUCUUCUUCUCAGGCUUGAGUGUUUAUACAAAAAUGAAACAACUUUAAGGAUUUCAACAACAAUUAGAUGCACAAGACUGAAUUAGAUGUGGAUUUUUUUCUAAUCUCUUAUGGUCAGAGUUAUAUAUACUCACCGGCCCCUGGAUAUAUAUAUAUGUAUACUAUAUCAGCUCAAAUAUAAAUAUACUGGCCCACUAAUAUUUGGUUGAAAAUCCCUUAGGAGUUUACAGUUUGAUCAUCACUCCUAGCAUAAUGCUAACUGUACAAUGGAUCGUCCUAUCAGAAGAAAUUCAUUAAAUUAUUACCUGGCACAUUAUCUUAAGAAUAGUCACUAAAAUUUCAUUGGAUUUAGGUAAGAAUCAUUGCAGAAGCUUGACAUUGUCAUUGUAUAUUGGUUUUAAAACCAGUUUAGAUGUUUUUGGCAAAUCUUUAUGCUGUUUUAGCUCCCACAUUUGUUAGUCUCAACUGUCUGGUUGUUCAUCUGACAAAAGUUCAAUUUGAAGAUAGUUCUGAACUCAAUCAAUCCUUAAUGGUACCACCAUAUCUGAGAGUUGUUACAGUCUUCCAGUUUUAAAAGCCUCACCUUGUCUCUUAAUUUUGGUUUCACUGUUGAGAUUUCCUCUGGGGUUCCAGCAGCUUUCCAUUUUUGGCAGACUUAAAUCUUGUUGGUUUGGUUGGAUGGCAUACUUGGACACAUUUAGGUGUCCCAGUUUGUUUCUAUUUAUGCCUGAGUUCACUGUCCUGCUGGUUUUUUGAGUCCCCCCCCCAAAAAAAGCACAGUAAUAGAGCAGCCAAACCCCUCCUAACGCUGAGAGGAGACAUGAUUGAGGACAAUAACCCAUCAAGUCAAGAAUUGCUUGGUGGAGUCAAUGCGAAGCUUUUGAACCUAAGGACACAGCGAUAUUCAUCACUUGAAAUUUGAAUAUAAUGGAUGUUCCAGCAAGACAAAGAUCCAAAAUAUGCAGCAGCUCCUUUAACAAAGCAAAAGCAGGAUUAAGUCUCAUUGUGUCUUACAAAAGAAAAAAUCAAAGUGACGUGUAAUAAUCUAUUUUAACCCCACAGAGCUCCACUCCAUGCCUUUUGGGUACUGCAAUGAUGACUUGAAUUUUCUAAACGUUGCUUGUGCAGGAUAUCAUCUACUUGAUUUGUGGUUUUUGAAUGAAGAGAGACAGCUCAAUCAAUCAAUCUGUAGCAAGAUUUAAAGAGGCUAUUAACACUUUGGAAACAAUGAAACAGAUUAACAUUAAUUUACUAGAACUGCCUCUAAAAACCGUAAACUUCAAUCCUUAUGCGGUUUGAUUGAAAGCCAGAUCAGUGCCAGGAAAUCAAACCUUUUAAAUGAGCCUCACCAAUUCUGCCAAGAGGAGUGAAUAUCCUGCCAAAAGACUGCUAACGUCUCCAAAAUGUGUUUUGUGAUUGGACGAAAGAAUUUAGCUAAAGAUUAGUGGGGGUGUAUGUAUAUAUUUGAGCUUUUAGGUUUAAUUUUGACCAUAUUUGGAGAGAAAAAACACAAAUCAAACCUGCGCACCCUGGUCUUGUUGUUUGUCCUACAAUGUAAAAAGGAACAGUUCAAAUAAAUCAUUAUAAAACCAA